AUGUUCACCCAGCAGAAGAUGUUCCGCCGGAAGAAGAAUGUCAAGAAGGGCAUCCAGUUCUGCCUGAUGGUGUGCGGCGCCUCGGGCACUGGCCGGACCACCUUCGUCAACACCCUCUGCGGCCAGACCGUGCUCCCUCACAAGGAGUGUGACGACCCGAAUACCGCCCAUCUCGAGGAAGGCGUCAAGAUCAAGCCUGUUACUGUCGAUUUAGAGCUUGAGGAAGAGGGCACUCGCAUCUCUCUGACCGUCGUCGAUACCCCUGGCUUCGGUGACAACAUCGACAAUGAGGCCUGCUUCGCAGAGAUCGUCGGCUAUCUGGAGAGGCAAUACGAUGAUAUCCUUGCUGAGGAGUCGCGUAUCAAGCGUAAUCCUCGCUUCAGAGACAAUCGUGUGCACGCUCUGCUCUACUUCAUCACUCCCACCGGCCAUGGCCUCCGUGAGCUCGACAUUGAGCUGAUGAAGCGCCUUGCUCCUCGUGUCAAUGUCAUCCCUGUUAUUGGGCGGGCUGACUCUCUCACACCCGCUGAGCUUGCCGAGUCCAAGAAGCUGAUCAUGGAGGAUAUCGAGCACUAUCGGAUCCCCAUCUACAACUUCCCCUAUGACAUCGAGGAGGACGACGAGGACACCGUCGAGGAGAACGCCGAGCUGCGGGGUCUGAUGCCCUUCGCCAUUGUGGGCUCUGAGGAGUUCGUCGAGAUUGGUGGUCGCAAGGUCCGUGCUCGCCAGUACCCGUGGGGUAUUGUCGAGGUUGAAAACCCUCGCCACUCUGACUUCCUCGCCAUCCGCUCUGCUCUUCUGCACAGCCAUCUGGCCGAUCUGAAGGAGAUCACUCACGACUUCCUCUACGAAAACUACCGUACCGAAAAACUUAGCAAGAGUGUCGAGGGUGGUGCUGGAGUUGACGCGUCAAUGAAUCCUGAAGAUCUUGCCACCCAGUCCGUCCGCCUCAAAGAGGAGCAGCUCCGCCGCGAGGAGGAGAAGCUUCGUGAGAUCGAGUCUAAGGUCCAGCGUGAGAUUAACGAGAAGCGCCAGGAGCUUUUGGCUCGUGAGUCUCAGCUGCGUGAGAUCGAGGCGCGGAUGCAGCGUGAAGCCGCUGCGGCGGCGGCGGCGGCAGCCCAGGCCCAGGCGGCUGCUGCGGCAGCGGCUGCCCAGCAGCAAGCCCAGGCGAGCCAAGCUAACGGCGCCGAGUAA